AUGGGCUGGUCGUUGGGAUUUGGCGGUGGUAUCGGUGGUAGCGAUGGUAGCGGUGGUAGCGGUGGUAGCGGUAAUAGCGGUGGUAGCGGUGGUAGCGGUGGUAGCGGUGGUACCGGUGGUACCGGUGGUACCGGUGGUAGCGGGGGUACCGGUGGUAGCGGGGGUAGCGGGGGGAGCGGGGGUAGCGGGCUUGCGGGGGUUGCGGGGGUAGCGGGGGUAGCGCUGGUAACGGUGGUAUCGGUGGUAGCGGUGGAAGCGAUGGUAGCUGUGUUAGCGGUGUUAGCGGUGGUAGCGAUGGUAGCGGUGGUAGCGGUGGUAGCGGUAGUAGCGGUGGUAGCGGUGGUAGCGGUGGUAGCGGUUGAAGCGGUGGUAGCGGUGGUAGCGGUGGUAGCGGUAGUAGCGGUAGUAGCGGUGGUAGCGGUGGUAGCGGUGAUAGCGGUGGUAGCGGUGGUAGCGGUGGAAGCGGUGGUAGCGGUGGAAGCGGUGGUAGCGGUGGUAGCGGUGGUGGUGGGGUUGCGAGGAUAG